AUGAAGGUCGACAUGUUCGAAUACACCUCGCUGUUCACCUGGUGGUGGCUGCCCUCGCUCGGCUCUCAACUCGUCCUCAAUGCGUGUUACUCUCUUCAAGUUCUCUCCAUGCCUCAGAACCCGAGAGUGCGCAAUAACCACAUUCAACUAGCUCGAACGGCCGUCAUUGUCGGAAGGCUCCUCUAUCAGCUUCAUGGGUUGAUCACCACCUCUCCACCGAAUUACUAUCAGCUGCUAGCGCUCCCACUCGACGUUGAUUCGGACGGGGUGAAACGAUGCUUCCGCGCCCUAGCACGCAAAUACCACCCCGACAAAGUAGGCGAAUCAGGAGAAGCAUUCUUUAUUAUCCUCCGUCGUGCGCACGAUGCUCUCUCUGAUCCAGUGAAACGCUUCGCAUACGAUCGAUUCGGACCGGAAAUGGCGAAUUGGAAGGACUGCAACUCGCUUCGAGACUACACAAAGCAGGGAUUGAUGGGAUUGGUGGCUUUCUACACCAUCAAUCCGGCUAUGUACGCUUUGUUGGCCUACAUCAACAAUGGUGGUCGAACAGAUGGACUCUCGUUCUGGAGGCUAGCUUGCCUCUUCUCCCUCUUGGCAGCAGAGCUCUCGUUGCUAGUAUCACCAGACUAUCCGGUAUGGCUGACGAUCCUACUGCCCAAGAGGACCAUCUUUGAUUUGAGGAGAUACGCCCACUCGCUUUUCAUCAACUUCUUCUUUGCUUCGAUGCAGAUGAGUGCUGCUCUAGACGUGCUAGAGUACGGAGAGGAAGGUGCACCGCCCAGAGACAAAGCGAGUAAAGCUGCGAUGGCGGAGAGACAGCUCGAGGUGGUCAAAGUCAAGACGGCGGCACUGAAUCAGGUGGCCGAAGUGGUGGCAAAGGGUGUAAUGCAAAGGUUUGCGCGCGAGCUGAGGCCUUUCAGAACAGCAGAUGGCAAGAAAGGGGAUGGGAAAGGGAGGGAGAUAGGAGAGGUGGAAGAGAUGGAGAUGGGAGAGGUGGAAGAGAUGAUGUUUGAGAGAAUAGAUGCUGUUUUGUUGGCGCGGAGCUUGGUGCAGCAGAAUCCGCAGCUGGCGAAUAUCACGGUCAAGGGAGGGAAUGGAGAGUCAUGGGUAGCGAAGGAUGAGGGAGCGUGGAAUGUCAACAAGCAAGAGCCACAGCAGGAGGCGAUGAUGCCAGAGGCAAAAUCUGAAGCGAUAGUGGUGAAAGAGGAGCUUCAAGAGGAGCCUGUCUCGGCUGUCCCAGAGUCUUGUUUGGUGAAGCUUGAACCGAUCGAGACAGCCAAACUGAUGGAAGUCGAUGCAGAGAAGAUGACGGCUGGUACAGCAAAGGUCGAAGCUGUCGAGCAGUGUACCGGCUCCCGCAACAUGAAAAGCGAAGCGUCAUCAGCAAUACCAUCAGCAACACCAUCAGCAACUGUUACGGAACAGGAAGGGGCCGCAGCACCAGCCAUCACACCAGCUUCGCUUCAAGCACCCACAAGCGUAGCAUCACCAGAAGCAGCAGUACGUCUUGCCGAACUCGAUGCAGCUACGGCAGCGAUGGUCAGUGCUGCCACCGAAGAAAAGUGCCCAACAGGGACCACGGCAUCAGAUCCAGCAACGGCACCGCCACCAGAGUCAGGGAGAGAUUCGCAUAGGUCCGCCUAG